AUGGCCUCCGAUUUGAAAGUUGGCCGGCGGCGGGCAACCAGCAGCGCCGCCUCAUCCAUCAGAUCUGGACACUCACGACGAAAGUCCAAGGCGGUGAUCCAGCCCAAGUCGACACACACAUCCGACGAAUUCCUCCAAGACUUUCUGGAUCCAACAUUUGAUCCCGCGACAUUUCUAAACUCAGCCUUGCCGCCGCUGCAGCAGCGCUCAGUCCCUGGCCGGACCGGCUCUGACGUCGCACCCCUCGCCGAGCUGUCCACGCAGGCCCAGGCCCUCAUCUCGCAGCUCAACGCGCAGACCUCGCGGCUAUCCAGUACUUUGACCCAGCUCACCGAUGACAUCCUGAGGAGUGGGAGUCGCCUGGCCUACGAGGUGGAGCUGCUACGGGGCGAGACGCUGAGUCUCCAGGAGACCAUGACUGAGACCCUCCACGACGAUAUCAGCAAGUUUGUCCCUGAAGGAUUGCAGGAAGCUAUCGAAGCCAAGAACAGCGCAGCUGCAAGUGCAAAGGACGAAAAGAGCACGGCACCAUCAACACCGGCCUUGGUUGGUGGGACUGUCACAGGAACAACAAACGCGGAUGAUCCCGAGUUUAUCAAGCAACUACAAACACUCACGCUUGUGCGAUCUCGCCUCGAUUUGGUUAUCAAGACGUUUGGCGACGCCAUGGAAUUUGUUUUCCCACCUUCCGAGGUGUCAGUGAGCUCAGGUUUCCUGUCCGUAUCAGCACCGGAACCUGGAUCGGCACAGCAGAGCUCAGAGGACAAGGGUCAAGAAGUGUUGAAGAAGCUCCGAGGCGAGAUCUCUGACCUACUAAACAAAUCAGAGGACCCUGUACAAGGCAUUGAGAAGGCGGCGCAAAAGAUUGAGCAGCUCAAGGAGCUCACAGUGGUGUGGAAGGACACGGCAGAGGAGAAGGGCAGGAACAAGUUUAUCGAGAACUUGGCCAAGAUGGUAGAGGAUAGGCAUCGCGAUCUGAUGAAGGAAAUGGAGCAGGCGGCCAAGAAGGAGGGCAAAGCGGAGCCCACUUCGCGAUCGCGCAAAGGGAGUGUCACAAGGGAUGCGGCCGUGGUGGUGGAGGACACAAAGUCGCCAGGCGGGUUUGGCCUGAUUAGCCAGUUACAGAAGCUCAGGAGCGGAUUGUGA